CUUUCACUAUAACUAAUGGAAUCACUGCUAUCUGUUGGCUCACUGGAUUCUUUUUCUUUUUGUGCGACUUUAACAAGGAUCCUAUCCAAUGACAGCCGCUUUUGCCUCCAGUUCGAUUUCGCGGAAAUGUGGAAAUUGCAUUGUCGUUAAACAGAUUCAUCACUCGCACUGCUAUGCCCUUAUUCGGGUGGUGCUUUUCUACUAAACUUUAACUAUAGGAGAGUGGGAUGCCGACUGAGACCGAGCAUGGGAGACGAUUACCCACAAUCCCAUAGCGAGACGAUUACCCACAAUCCCGCAGUGAGAGAAGAACUAUCGGCUCAGUCGUUAUAACGUGACGCUCGGUGGACAAAGCAUAUAUGUAUUACUCGUAUCGCUAGGCUUCGAUCGUUUAUCACGUUAGAAUGUAUUUAAAAAAUGCUCGCCUUGCAAAACACUCGCAGACCACGUUACUCACAGUCCAAGGUUUUGCUGUAAUCUAGAGAUGAUUUAAAAGUAUAUGGGGGGAUGUGUGUUUGGACGCAAAUAGUACGGCAUUUUAUAUAAGGGACUUGAGCAUCCGCAUAUUCUGGUAUCUGCAGGAGGUCCUGGAACCGAUCCCUCGUAAAUACAGAUGGACGAAUGUAAUAUAUUGGAGUCAUAAUAUAAUUCGUCUAAAUAAUAAUAAUAAUAAUGCUAUUUAUAGUAUUAUACUAUGGUACUGUGGAACCCGCAUAUAUCGAUCAAAAAGCUUGAGACAGAAUAAUUAGCAUAUUAUAAUCAAGUAGUCCCCUUACGGUGUUCAUUUUGGGCUUUUUUAAUACAUGACAACAUACAGAUAAAAUUAUAACAACGCAAAAUUUUCUUAUUUUUUACUUUACUUUCAUAAGUCUGCUUUGCUUUGCAGUAAUUUGUCUGCUUCUGGCUAUAGCUAUCUGAGGCUAAUGCUGCGCGCACAGAAAACGUGAUGAAGAAGAAAGUCAUUUUCUCUCAAUGACAAAUAUAGACUCGUCGAAGCUUAUGGUAAACCGCCAAAACCGAGCCACCGAGAUGCAACUGUGAAACUACAAUAAGCUAUAUUUUAUAUGAAAUAUCGCGGCGGCAAAUGAAAACAAGAGGUGGACUGACCCGUUGUUCUUUAUUUUACUCCUUAAAUGAACCAAACAAUAAGCGGCGAUAACAGGAAAGCUGUGAAUAACAAGGAAACACGGGGAAAUUACACUAAGGAUGGUAAGACACACACACGGCGGGUAAUUGUACAAUAUCUAAGACACGCAAAGAUCAGGCAAGAACUGAGUACAACCACAGUGGGUUGUAUUAAGCUGAUGUCAUUGUCCAACGUACGCAUAAAUGAAAACGAGCGGCCAUUUUACCGGGGUGCGAGUAACAACAGCAGCAAGAAAACCCCGAAUCUAAGUUUCUUUUGUAUACCUUUGGAUCGUACAAAUCAAGGCAGAGAGAUUGAAGAGCUGCCCGAAAGGCUACAGAAAACUUGGCACUGGGACGUGUUUAAAACCAUCUCUGAGGUGUUCAUCUUGGUGCCAGCACUGGUGGGGCUGAAGGGGAACCUGGAGAUGACACUGGCGUCGAGACUGUCCACAGCAGCCAACGUUGGGCAGAUGGACGACCCCCAGGAGCAGUGGAAGAUGGUGUGCAGUAACCUUGCCCUUGUCCAGGUGCAGGCUACUGCGGUCGGCUUCCUGGCGGCCAUGACGGCUGCAGCUCUUGGAGCGGUCUCCCGCGGAAGGGUGGCGCUGGACAACGCCAGCUUGCUGUGUGCGAGUAGCGUGACCACAGCAUUCACAGCAGCGCUCUUGCUGGGCCUGGUGAUGGUGGGGGUGAUCAUCGGGUCCAGGAAGGUGGGCGUCAACCCAGACAACGUGGCCACUCCCAUCGCCGCCAGCCUGGGUGACCUCAUCACGCUGUCUUUGCUGGCCGGCGUCAGCAGCAUUCUCUUCCGCUGCAGAGAGGCAUGGCUCCUGUCACCCUUGGUCUGUGGGUUCUUCCUGGUUCUGAUCCCGAUUUGGGUCGCCCUUGCCCGGCGCAGCCCCCAGACCCGUGAGGUUCUGAGGUCUGGGUGGCAGCCUGUCAUCUUGGCCAUGUCCAUUAGCAGUAUUGGGGGCCUCAUUCUGGACAAGACUGUCAGUGACCCCAACUUUGAGGGAAUGGCUGUCUUCACGCCGGUCAUCAAUGGCGUGGGUGGAAAUCUGGUGGCUAUUCAGGCCAGUCGUAUCUCCACCUACCUGCACUUCUGGAGUGUUCCGGGUGUGUUGCCCUACAAGAUGGAGCAGCACUGGCCAAACCCCUACGCCGUCUUCUUCUCCUCGGGUGUGAACUCUAAGUCCGCCCGGGUCCUGUUCUCCCUGGUUAUCCCCGGUCACCUGAUCUUCCUCUACACCAUCCACCUGCUGCAGGGGGGACACACAGCCAUCACGCUAGUGUUCAUCUGCUGCUACCUGUCUGCCGCUCUCUUGCAGGUGGGGAUGCUGCUCUACCUGGCGGAGCUGAUGGUGCGGCUGAUGUGGCGCCGGAGGCUUGAUCCGGACAACUUCUCCAUCCCGUACCUGACGGCUCUGGGCGACCUACUGGGUACCGGGCUGCUGGCCCUCUGCUUCCGCGUGGUGUCCCUGGUAGAAUGGUCGGGCCUCUAAGACCCCCUAUGGACCCCCACCUUCACCGCCAACACGACCCCCCUCUCCAUAGCUGGAUGUCCAGUUAGCCCUAUAGCGCAGCUGACCUCACAGAAUCCGUAUUGCUGGUUUGUCGUAACGUCCCCGUCUGUCAUGCAGAGGGCAGCAGAAGUUUGGCUGCUCCUCAUAGACGCAGAGUUGGGUAAUUGAGGAGCAGAGCGUAAAAGUCCAGACCAAGAUUUUGUUUCAACCAAUCAGUCGAGCAUAAAGAGUCACAGUCACAGAGGACUCAGCUGGUUGGUUGAAACAAAAUCCCGGUCUGGAAUUUUACUCUCUGGACCUGAAUUACCCACCUCUGUAUAUAUGUGAUUGUUUCUUGAAGCGGGAGGAUCUUGCCUGUAUAUUUCGUAUUAGCAGGAUUCGGUAGGUUUCCGAUGCUCUCCUUUCACACAGGGGACCUACUGACUUCCCUCAACACGUAGCCCCCCGCAGUCUCACCAGCACAGGACGUUUGUAAAAUAGCUCUGUGGCAGUGCUGUCGUUGUUAAUAUAAUCUGCGUAACUGUAACAAUUAGAAUGCGUUUGUUUUCCCUAAUUAUUCACGUGCUUGUGCGAAUCGAAAUGCAUCCCGCGAUGGUCUGCAUGCUGUGAUGGUGAUUAGGUCUGUUCAUUGUGACGUAACACCUCUCAGCGUGAGCCAUGUCCCCAUUACGGAAAAUCCGGAAAGAUUAAUAUAACAUUUAUAAAUUUCAGAUUUACAGACGUUUGUGAUCCUUAUCCCUGAUUGUUUUUGUUCAUUUUUCUGAAUGAAAUUGAUUAAAUUAAUUUAACGCAAACUGUUUCACGUCGACGUUGUACAGUGACAUGCGUUUUCCCUCUAAAAACAACAGGAAUGUGCUUCGGAAUUACUGUCAGUCUCGUAAAUGUGAUGGACAACCGACGUGUAGACAUGAGACCAGUCUCAACGGUAGGCAGUAGCGUAGCAGCGUCCGGCGGCUGACGAAUUAGCUUUCAGGCUACAUGGAUGCAUCAGAAACCCUCGUUUUAGUUGUGACUGCAGUGUGAUAGCCAGUGUGCUGAGACUGCACUGCCUCCCCGCGUUUCCCAGUGCUGCCCUGGCCUCAGAUUCUCGCUCGCCGUGAUCGUAAUCUGUAUUCAGAGCACCUGUUACGUUCUAUGUUUCCUCAGCUGCCUGUAAACCCUCCCACACUGGAGACAAUGUAUUCCCAAAUUUUACUUAUCUAUGCAAAUUACACAGUGCUUUUAUACUGCUUACUGCACCCACGCUGCCACUGUAGGACCCAGUGUGUAUUUUUUGUUUUCUUUUUGUCCCGUUAUGCUUUUAUCAGAAUUUUUAAUUUGAAUUUAGAAGUAUGACUUUGGUUUUACUUGAAAUAAAAAUUCUGAAACCAUC